UUUUCUUGUUUUGUGUGUGUGUGUGUGUGUUUUUUUCUUGCAGAUUCUUUCAGAUUAUUAGAUACUUAGAUUGUUACUAAAUGAUAGUUAGGCGUAAACCAAAAACUGUUUAGGCAAGGGGCUAAAUGGACCAGUUUCCAGUGCUCCUAUAAGAAGUAACAAGAAGAAGAAGAAGAAGGUGGUCGUAAGUUGUACGGCGGUUUUCAGCUCAGCUAUUCAGCUUGAAAAACAGUUGCGUUAUAAGUACUGACGAACAUAAAUACUUUUAAAAGAUCCGGUCAAAUGACACGAUUUUAGAUCUUCUGUGAACAAGGCACGAAAAGGACAAGAAUCGGCGACAGCCUGUCGCCGACAGGCCACAUGGGCACAUCAGGCCUAGGCCUAGGUACACUUCAGCCCCGACAUCACUAUGUCAUGUAGAUAAAUUCUACGACUAUCGUAUUUUGAACAGUGGUCUUAUGAUUUACUAUUAUAUCAUAUUUAACUCUUGUCUUGAGUACGCUGGCCGCGUAUAUAACAGCGAUCCUAAUUCCUAAGAUCUAUAAACGAUCGUCAGUUCUAUUUCUACCAGUCCGUACCAGGAUUGUAAGUUCAACAUCCUGCAGUUCUACGAUGGCCGUAGCCCAUGGCUCCAAAAAGAGAACCAAAUUUUAAAAUAGUUGGUUGGUGGGGGCGCCUCCCUAUCUUAAAUGUUGGCACACCCCAUGACAUUGACUCAGAUGACGGCUCUUCAUCAUGCUCGCCGGGGGAAGUCAUGGUGUUUCACCCCACUUGGGAAGAAUUCAAGGAUUUUGAGAAGUUUCUGGAAUUCAUUGAGGAAAAGGGUGCUCAUAAAAUGGGCCUUGCAAAGAUUGUACCACCAAAACAAUAUGUACCACGGAAGGCCGACAUUGAUCUGAAAGGCCUCAUGAUUCAUGAGACAAUUAUGCAAACAGUUCAAGGCUGCGAAGGUGUUUACACUCUGAAAAACAAAAUAAUGAAACCAAUGUCGGCGCACGAAUUUAAGACGCUGGCUGAGAGUAGCAGUCACCAAUCACCUCUCCACGAGGCUUAUGAUGAUUUGGAGAAGAAUUACUGGAGCUCCAUCACCAGUCACAAUCCGACUUACCUUGCUGCUGCGGAGGGCACAUUAACUGACGCAGAAUUGAAGGUAUGGAAUUUGAAUUCCCUGCCUUCAAUUUUAAGCCACGUUAAAGAAGAUUAUGGUCAAACUCUUCCCGGAAUAAAUUCGAGCUACCUGUGCUUCGGAUCCUAUAAGUCUUUGUUUGCCUGGCAAACCGAAGACAUGGACUUGUAUAGCAUUAAUGUACUGCACUCGAGGGCUCCCAAGACCUGGUACGGUAUUUCCCCCGAAUACGGUAGGCAGUUUGAAAAACUGGUUACCCGAUAUUUCCCAGAGUACUUCAGGGCCUGUCCAGGCUACCUUCGUCAUAACUUGACCAUCAUGUCACCAGAAAUUCUCAAAAAACGCCGCAUUCCGUAUCACAAGGUGACACAAGAGCAGGGUGAAAUUAUCAUCACGUUUCCGUAUGGGUACCAUUCGGGAUUCAACAAUGGCUUUAAUAUCGCUGAGGCCACCAACUUUGCGACGACUCGCUGGAUCCAGUACGGGAAGUACGUCAAGCAGUGCUCUUGUGGCAGCAAUGCAGGAGUCCGCUUCAGCAUGGACACAUUUGUUAAGAGGUACCAGCCUCAUUUGUACAGAGCCUGGCAAGACGGCAGAGACAAAUCAGGAUGUCCUCAAGAUCCAAGCCGCAACUUGCCUGCUCCGCAACCUACGAUUCGGGAUUUUGCGUGUAAUAAAAGACACUUCCCUGACCCCAGUCUGCAGCCGCUCUUCCUCGAGAUCGUUAAGCGAAGCCGCACGAUGGCAGACGACUCAUGUUGAGGCUGUAAAUAUGUUGGAAGAUUACUCGAUGCCGAGGCGGAGGCGUCAGCGUCACCGCGGGUCUGGCUUCGUGACGUUCAAGAGUCCACUUGACGCGGAACGCGCGGUUAAACACAACUACAAAGACAACAAGGGAUUUGAGGAGGUCAUCGUUAAGUGGUCUAGGAAUAACACGUAGUAAAUAAUCGUAAACUCUAUGUCGUAAACCCAAUCAAACGGGAUAUACGACUCAAUGUGACACGCAUGAAAAGCAAAUGUCGUGCGUAAAUUAAUCAUGACUUAUUAUUUGUUCGUCCUUGAACAUGUACUCAUAGCGAAUUGUUUUUUUUUUAUUUUUAGUCUGUGUACUCGUCUCUAACAAAGCAGCAAAUUGGUAGGAUCUCCCAGAGGCCAGUAGCUCUAACUUGUCCUAGCAGUAUUACGACUUAGCAUAUGUGACCUGAUAUUCUAUAAGAAUUCUGCUGUUAAGUUCUCUCACGAUAACAUGAAUAUCGUUAGUCUAUAUUUCUGAUAACUUUGCAUCAUUUUCAUGCCAAAUGUGCCAAGAAUAAUGUUAGAGUUUCACCUGACGGAUCUCAAUGUUAUUAGCAAUUUUUUGCCCAUUUAUGACAUAAUGAUGUCGGCGCUGAAAUGUAGGCCUGAUGUGGCCUGUCGCCGACGUGUUGACGACAUCAGUUGGUAUGAUGUGUUGGUUUUUUAUACUAAUUUUCUAGAUUACUGCACAAUCGACGUGAUUGUGCUAAUGAAUCUAAGUGUCUAUGAAUCUUCAAUUAAUUGCUAUUGUACAUUCUACAUUCCCUUUGUGUAACUUAACCAGGCUGUUUGUACUGUAUGGCCCUGACCGGAACGUUUCUUUAACAAGAUAUUAUUUUAAUGUUGUACCAUACCGAGGUAGUUCUUUAUGUUAUAAGACUGCUUUUGUCUGGGUAGAAAUCUGAAUAAUUUCUUUAUGUGCCUUAAAAUGUUUCUUUAUGUGCCUUAAAAUGUUUCUUCAAGUGCCUUAAAGUGUUCGUUUCCAACUGACGUUCAGAGGAAUUACCUUAACACUACUAUAAGUUCUGCCUUCUGAUGUAACUCUAUAUUGCAGAGAACGUCAGGUCUCACAAUAAAAAGUAGACUAAUGA